CCCGAUCAAGUUUGUCUCUUUAUUUUGCUUUCAAUACUGAACCAAAACCAACCCGUUUCUGGACAAACAUUCAGCAGAGCCUCUGUAACCGAUAGUGAGACUAUUUUUUUUUCGAACUAUGCAAAAUUAAAUUAUGUGGUUUCGCUUUUUGUAUAUUUUUGAUUCAUACGGAAUACAAAAAGUGAUCACACAGAAAAUAGAAAUCGUAUAGCGUAGAACUUUCUGAUUACGCGGAAUUUGACGGUACAUAAUUUUAUUCUCUUGAGCAGCUCCGAAUCUGAUCAAAAACAUGAAAAAGAUAUCGAAAACGGCACCCAGCAGUGUGAAAGAAGAGCUUCAUCCGGCGGAAUUCAUCCCCCCACCUAAGAGCAAGAAAAUCGACGGGAAAAAUGCGAAACAUUUUACUGCUUCCUCCAGCCGUACCGUGAAGGACGCAGAAAUGAGACCACCUUCCGCAAACCCGGAAAACGCUGUCCACCUUCCCGUGGGUUCAGGAAAAACGACUGAAAGUCUUCGAACCAAAGACUCCAGAUGCAAGAAUAGCCGCUUUUACCAUGCUCCGUCGCGAUCCACUGUUUCCGUGAAGGAUAAGCCCGCCAGUCCGAAUGUGGAAAUCAUUGACCGGUCUCAGUUAAACCGAGAUGGCAACCGUCAUGCGCCGAAGAGUGAGUUGAAAUCCCAACGUUCAAACAGCUUCCGCCAGCAGGCAGUGUCCGAUCCCAUUGACCCAGAUAAAGCAACGUUUAUCAAAUACAGUCGGAAGGUCGAUGUUACCUGUGUGAUAAAUCCGCGACAAUUCUACGUCCGGAAUCAGGGCUUCGAAAUGAUCGUCAAUAAGUUGUGCCGCGAUGACGCGGAGGAAACGCCAAUUCCCGAGGAAGUGAAAAUCGGAUCUCUAUAUCUGGCUCAAUCCCAAUCCGAGCAGCGAUGGUACCGAUGCAGGGUGCUCGGUCGAUCCAUUCGCACCAAGAAAUAUCAAGUCCAGUUCGUCGACUAUGGUCACACGGACAAAGUUCUUCAGUCGCGACUUCGGGUGCUGCCAGAGGACAUGCAACGUGUUGAAGAUGGUGCCUACAAGUGUUCGUUAUACGAUGUUAUCCCAGCUGAUGGAAGUAAGGACUGGACCCCAGAAAUCCACAAAAUUAUUAACGAUUUCGUUGGGAACAAACAAACGAUGAUGUAUGUGAUUCAACCCGACACAGAUGUUGAUCUCAUUGCGCAGACCAUCGAUGGUCCAAAGUCGCUACGUGAGGCUCUCUUCUAUAUGAACUUGGCUAAACCGGAUCCAAACCCGCCAAAACGUAAUGAAGAUGCCUCCCAUCGGAUCGACCAUCUGGAGAGGGUUAAAAAACGAUGGAUUCUGGAUUACAGGCGAUAUAUUCCGGCGAAGUACUUGCAGAAGGACGAUGUGUUCAAAACGAAAAUCAUCUCAUCGGUGUCGCCCAAUGAGUUCUAUAUCUGUAAGAGCAGUUGGUUGGAAGCAUACGAAAAGAUGAAGCUCGAAUUGAAUGAUUACUGCAACAAGGCUGAUGCAAGGAUUGCUUAUUCGCCCCACGUGGGAAUGGUGUGCGCUUUUGCGGAAAAGGAUCGCGACGACCUUUUGGUUUGGAAGCGAGGUCGUGUAUUCAAAGUGGGUAAAGGGAACUGCAAGGUGGAUUCGGUGGAUACCGGUCAUCGCUUGACCGUAUGUUGGCAAGACAUUCGUGAAAUCCCGCAGCCAUUUUGCUCGUCAUCAGAGUUUUCCGUUCGCUGUUGUCUCAUGCAUAUCCAGCCGUUCAUGCAGAACUUCUACCACUGGACGGAGGAAGCCAUUGCGUUUUUCAACCAAAUCGCCCGGACUUCGUUCGUAUUCCAAGUGAUCGUUGGUGAGCAGGAAGCGAACUGCUAUGGCGUUGCUCUCUACUUGGUGAAGCGUCGGUACGAUAUCUGUGUGAAUGGGCUGAUGGUGAAGAACAAGUUCGCUGUGGGCAUCGGCGUGGAAAGUACCAUUGUGGAACUUGUCAAGGAAAAGCAUGUGGAAGAAGAGGAACCAGAUACGCAGGGAAACAACAGCACUAAAUCCACAGUGGAAAAACGCGUGCCGCGACGGGCACAGGUGGAAAUCUUACGAGUUGUCUCCCCGAACGAGUUCUACGUGAGUCUGAUAACGAACGAUAGUGGAAUAGCUCGGAUGCAAGAGUAUAUCCAAGAUAAUAUGCGCGCUAAAACGGACGAAGGAGACGAUAUGAUCAGCUGGCAGCUGGGAGAAAUGUGUAUGGUCUACCCGCCGACGGCCACUAGAAGAGAAAGCGACACAUUAGACUGCGAGUGGUACAGGGCCCGGGUGCUAGAAGCGGUUGCUGACAGUAACUACAAAGUGUUCCUGAUUGAUAAGGCACUCACCAUAGUUUCCCAUUAUUCCAAAAUGCGGCCCAUUGUUCCGGUGAUUCUGAAAGAGUUUUAUCCGUUUGCUAUCCGUUGUUCUCUGGCUUGUAUCGGUCCCACGGGACGACUGGUUACCUGGAGCCCCUCCGUUGUGGACGCGUUCAAGGUUGCCAUCGAGAAGUUCAAGUUUUUCGCGAUUUCCAUCCAUGGUCGAUGUGUGAACUAUUCCAUCCCGGUGAUCCUGUGGGGAAUGACGGUGGAAAGAACCAACGCUCUCUCGUCGCAGCUCUACGCCUACACAAACGUCAACAACAAGUUGGUCCAGUAUGGCUAUGCACACCUCAGGGAAAAGUUUCCACCCCUAGCGGCAGCUCUGUCGGUGGAGGAAGAACUGGAACGACACUACCAAGCGUUGGAUAACUUCUUGGACAACCUAGAUGCGGAAGCGGAGUAUCCGACCAACGAACCGAGCAACUGUGGAUUGAUUGAUGAUUAUCAGAACGACAUAACGGACGAGUUGACGCCGAUUGAUCAUUGGUUGCCGGCAAAGCCAAUCGAUAAGGUAUUCUUCGUCGGUAUCCCGACCUACGUAGACAUCAGCGGUGUGAUCUACCUGCAUGACGCAGGACUGGAGAGCACACUCACUGCCAUCCAGGCGGUCAUCAAGGCCAAAUCGAACGGAAGCCAGCAGCUACCGGGUGACCAAUUCUAUUCCACUGGUGAACCGUGCCUGGCCAAGUACCACCUGGAUGAGCACUUUUACCGAGCAGUUGUACGGAAGGCCUUAAGCCAAUGCCGCUACGAAGUCCAACUCGUGGACUACGGCACCGUUGAAGUCUGUCACGUUAGAGACCUUCGCAAGAACGUCAUUUGCGGACGCAUUCCGACUCUGGUCAACAAGUAUCGUCUAACGGGUGUUGUCCCGAAGCAAGCCGGCGGUAUUUGGCCUUUCGUAGCGAUGGACGCACUGCACGCGUUGAUCGUGGAUAAGCAGUGUCAGGUUCGCGUAGACACCGAUAUGGCCACAGAUACUGCGGGGGUGGUCCCUUGCUACAUCAAAACGACGGGAGAAUUUCCGGUAGAAGUUUCAGACUACUUGCUGAACAUGUUCGACCAGCUGCUGUAUGAUCCAUUUGCGAAUCUGUUCGAAAGCUUCAACGAUAGUGCACCGAAAAGCGAAGACAAAAGUAAAGUUGUCCCAUGCGACAGCGAUAUGGAAUCCUAUUUCAACGAAAAAGAGCUGACCGACCUAUUGGAGGCCAUAAGUGCUACCGCUGAGCGCAAAGAAGACGAAGAAGAAAAUUCCGUUGAUGGUUCCGAAAUAGAUUUGAACCAGAUGCACUACUUCUAUAGCUACGGCGAUGUCAAGCUGAGAGGGGAAAACAAAGUCGCGACAGAUGUUUCGGUUAAUAUUUCGUUCAAUUCGAAUGAAUUCGAUACAUCCACACAGGUCGAUCAACCUUUGGAAACAGCCCGACUUACAUUCAAUGGGUACCUUGACUUUACAUUGGAUAAAUCCAUUCAUGGAUUCUAUUGCGAAGUCACGAACUUGCUCGGUCCGUUCAAUAUGUUCGUUUUCCCACAGCUGGAUGAACAUAUCCGGCUGAUGAAGGAUACGAUGGUACAGAUUCAAUUCUACGCCAAGAAACAUGGCCCGUGUCCUGGUAUCAACAUAAAAAUGCCAUGUUUGGCCAAGUUCAAGCAAGACGGCUACUGGUACCGUGCUCUGGUUGUCAAACACUUCCCCGAUAGUGAGGAAGCUCGAGUACUCUAUGUUGACUAUCUAAAUGAGGAAACCGUUAGUGUACGGGAUAUCCAAAAGUGUCCAUCAAGCAUGCGAAAAGUGCCUCUGCGGAAUGUGCAGAUCAAACUCCACGCACUGCAAAUAAAUCCCCGGUUGCGGAAGUCGGACGUCACGAUGAAGCUGGUAGAGCUGAUCGAAGGCAAACGCCUCUACGCCAGAGUAGUUGCGCAAAAUCCUGCGCUCGAAGUGGAAUUUUUCACCAACUCCAAGUGCGAACGGUUGGUCUAUCAUCAGAUGAUUAAGGAACGGUACUUUUUGUCAACGAAGUGAAUCGCCGCGGGAUGCAAGUAGUGUUUUACUUAUGUUGUCGGAUGAACAUGUUAGAAAAUUGAAUUUCUUUUUAGGUCCAUGUUCAAAGUUGAGAGCUAAGGAAACAUACGGUAGGUACGUAUGAUUGUUAGUCUAUCGUUGCAACUGAUAGCAGUGUAUAUAAAAUGCAGGUAAAUAUGGAAAAUAAGAAGAGUCAUAAUAACCAGAUUAGUUUUAACCAUUCGAAUUCAGCAUAAGGCAAAGCAGAAGAAAGAAAAGAGAAGAAAAAAGAAAGUUGAUUGAAAAUUACUACGUUAGGUCUCAAGUUCGCAAGGUAAGGUCAAGUUAUUUUGAGUGUUUUGGAACAUUAAAUUGCUGAUGAGA